AUGAUGCGUCCAAAACGACGAUCAAAUCACCAUCAUGAUAAGCGAUUUAGCUAUAACUCUCGACAUCGAUAUCCAUAUCCACCAGCAUUUUAUCCAGAUAUGAGUAUGAAUCCUCUACGAUCACGUAGACAAAUUCGUACUCAAGGCUUAACGAGUUCAAAUUUCCAUGCUGAAAUGCUAAAAUUACAUAACUACUAUCGUGCACGUCAUUGUGCAUCAUCACUUGUUAUAGAUCAUCGAUUGAAUGAAAUAGCUCAAUCAUAUGCUGAAUAUUUAGCAGCUACAUCAACAUUCGAACAUAGUGGAAAUAAACUUGGAAAUGAACCAUGA